UCACGCUGUACAGCUAAUGAUAAACAUUACCUUCUAUUUAGAAAUGGCUGAAAAAGAAGCACGAAAUGAUAAGCAAAACAAACGAGAGAGAGGGGAUGAAGAAUGUAACAGAUGCAGUGAGGUGGGGCACGCCCCUGAUGAUUGCCCUACCAAAAACAGGCGAGGAAGGCGGGGUAGCGGGAGAGGCCGCGGCGGACGGCGUGGUCGUUGCCAAGGGCGUGGGCGUGAGCCGAGUAAUCAUAAAUAUUUUUACAAUGGAGUAAAGACGUCAUCCGUAAGAAAAAGUAAAAAAAAUAACUCUAAGAAAAUAAAAAUAUUCUGAAAACAUCUUUUUGUGUCCAAUCAUUAUUACCAACAACUAUUCAUUAUCAAACAAUAAAAU